AAAGGAAGGGUCAUGUAGCCAGAGUGAAGGGAGUUGUUAUGGACUGAAUUGUGUCUCCCCAGACUUCAUAUGUUAAAGCUCUAACCCCCAAUGUGACUGGAUUUGGAGACAGGGCCUUUAAAGGAGAGAAAAGGCCAUGUGGAGACACAAUGAAAAGCCCCCUCUGCAAGCUGAGGAGAGAGGCCUCACCAGAACCGGACCAUGCAAGUGUCUCGAUCCUGGACUUCCAGCCUCCAGAACUCCAGAACUGUGCUGUUGGGAACACAGAGGAAGUGACUCUCUGGGGGUUCAGGGAAAGCUCCGUAGAAGAGGGAACACUUGAGCUGGGUCUUGAAGGAUGAGUAGAAGUUCACCAAGUGGGAAAGGACACUCUAGGAUGGCCGAGCCUCGAUUUAACAACCCCUACUUCUGGCCCCCUCCUCCCGCCAUGCCCAGCCAGCUGGACAACCUGGUUCUGAUUAACAAGAUCAAGGAGCAGCUGAUGGCCGAGAAGAUCAGGCCGCCUCACCUGCCGCCCACGUCGGCCUCGUCGCAGCAGCCGUUGCUAGUGCCGCCGGCGCCCGCCGAGAGCAGCCAGGCCGUCAUGUCGCUGCCCAAGCUGCAGCAGGUGCCGGGGCUGCAUCCGCAGGCGGUGCCGCAGCCCGACGUGGCGCUGCACGCCCGGCCGGCCACCAGCACCGUCACAGGUCUGGGGCUGUCCACCCGGACCCCGUCUGUGAGCACUUCUGAGUCAAGCGCGGGCACGGGCACGGGCACGGGUACCAGCACCCCAUCCACACCCACCACCACCAGCCAGAGCCGCCUCAUCGCCUCGUCCCCCACCCUCAUCUCAGGGAUCACCAGCCCCCCUCUCCUGGACUCCAUCAAGACAAUCCAGGGCCACGGCCUGCUUGGCCCCCCCAAGUCCGAACGCGGCCGCAAAAAGAUCAAGGCGGAGAACCCGGGGGGUCCGCCUGUCCUUGUAGUCCCCUACCCCAUCCUGGCCUCGGGCGAGACUGCCAAGGAGGGCAAGACGUACAGGUGUAAGGUAUGCCCGCUGACCUUUUUCACCAAGUCGGAGAUGCAGAUCCACUCCAAGUCGCACACAGAGGCCAAGCCCCACAAGUGCCCGCACUGCUCCAAGUCCUUUGCCAACGCCUCCUACCUGGCCCAGCACCUGCGCAUCCACCUGGGCGUCAAGCCCUACCACUGCUCCUACUGUGAUAAGUCCUUCCGGCAGCUCUCCCACCUCCAGCAGCACACCAGAAUCCACACAGGCGACAGACCCUACAAGUGCCCACAUCCUGGCUGCGAGAAGGCUUUCACUCAGCUCUCCAACCUCCAGUCUCACCAGCGCCAGCACAACAAGGACAAGCCCUACAAGUGUCCCAACUGCUACCGGGCCUAUUCGGACUCCGCUUCCUUACAGAUCCACCUCUCGGCCCAUGCCAUCAAGCACGCCAAGGCCUACUGCUGCAGCAUGUGUGGGCGGGCCUACACCUCGGAGACCUACCUGAUGAAGCACAUGUCCAAACACACGGUGGUGGAGCACCUGGUGAGCCAUCACUCGCCCCAGAGGACGGAGUCCCCCGGCAUCCCGGUGCGAAUCUCUCUCAUCUGAGCCCACUGGAGGCGCCGCCCCACCCGGCCCACUGGCAGACACAGACCCAGGCAGCACCAGGCCCCAGCUCCCUCUGGGGGCCCUCCAGGAACCACCAAGCUCUCUCACGACCUUCCCAAUCUUCCAGAAAGCUUGGUCCGCAGAAGCCCUGCCUGGUCCAGUCCGGGGGGCGGCCAGGCCAACUGCAAGAUUCUGGACUGUUUUGGUGGCAUCCAAAGACGAUCUCAGAGCACUUUGAACCUCUCUGUUGAGUUUUCUUUUUGUUCCCCACCCUUCACUUGCUUCACUGUUUUUUUUUUUUUCGUUUUUUUAAGUUUGUUUUGGAAAUAACAGAAAAGAUAUUUAUUGGCCAGGAAGUUGGUGCUGCUAAGACCGAGAAAUUUAAAGAAUCGGACAGAUGGACGCAGAGAACCAGAGGGCAGUGUGGGACCUUCUCUUGCCAUGGCCUCAGGUCUUGAGGGAAGGCUCGGGCCUAGGUUUCUGGACUGCAAAGGGGACCCCCAGGUGGGAGGGGCAGGAAGCAGCCGGAGUGAGCCCUUCGCCCCUGAGUGCCUGGCUCGCACCUCUCGAGCUGUGCCCCGGGCAUCACUGAGCAGAGGGGUGCGGCAGCUUAAGGAGGCAGAAAUGAGAGGGGCGGGAGAUCCACAGGACCAAAGGGUGCAGUGAUGGGCUGGGUGGUGGGCCCAGGGAAAUGGGGUGGGGAUGGGCUGGGUAAGACCUGGCCCUCCCCUGCUGCCCUGAAGACCACCCCAGUCUACCUCGGUGCUGGCCAGGAAACCUUUUGGCUACCUCUCCCACCAUCCCAGACUGUGGGCGGGGGAUGGGGAGGGAGUGGGCCUGGGGCUGGGACCUCCCUCCAGAAUUUCCUCCAGAUGGGGGCAGUGCCCAGGGAGGGGUUAUUUGUCUUCCCUGCCAUGGAGUGGGAAUCCCCAGCCGAGGCCCUAGGCCCCUCAGCAGGGAAGGGAUCCUCGGGGAGGCAGAUCCCAGGAACAGACCCUGCCCCCAGCCCCCACAGACACACCCCAAUCUGAAAGCCAUGCGUGUCGGUGUAUAUAGGAACCAUGUACAGAGCCCGGAGAAGCCCCCUACAUCCCCCCGGGAAAAAAAAGAAAACUAGACAGAAACUCAUCUAUAUAUUCUGUAUCUGGAGUUCCGUUUUGAAUAUUAACUGUGUUAUUUUUAUACACUUUUUAAGCCUUAACUCGCCAUUGAUUUACCAGUUUAACGUUUCCUGGGGUUUCUUUUCCCAUGGGGUUCUCUGCCCCCACCCCCGGCCCUUUGUUUGACUUGCGUCGUCUGAUACUCAGUAUUGUAGCUUUUUGUCCGCAUGUUACUCCCUGUAAAUACGCUGUUAUACAUACUGUUAACACCCCUUUGCUUUUUCUAUGGGACCUCCAGGCCACCAUAUUUAGAACUAGUUACCUUAUUAAAAAAGAAAAAACAGUCUGUUGGCUUCUCAGUCUGCAUCUUGGAGGCAGGGAGGUGAGGGCAGGUGCCCCUCAGACACUUCAGGAAGGUAGUUUGCAUUCUAUUUAAAAAAGGGGGUGGGGAGCAAAUGAAAAUCAAAUGUGGGGGGAAAACACUAAAGGGGGCAAGAAACAAAGGAAUUACAAACCCUCUGCUCUUUGUAUUUCUCUGUUGUGAAGAAUAAACUGUACCUGCACCCGG